AUGGCUCUGACACCUGAGACCUCAGAUUCAACGACGAGCCUUCUCUCGAGAUGUUACAUCCAAGAGCCCAUUGCCAUUGUGGGCAUGGCGUGUCGACUCCCUGGCGAGAAUGACUCGCCGCAUCGUUUAUGGGAGUUUCUCAUGAAGGGGGGUGUGGCGGACACAGAAGCCCCGGAGACGCGCUUCAACCGGAAGGGCCAUUACGAUGGCUCUGACAGAGCACGAACUUCACGAUCGUCUGGCGCCAUGUUCAUGGAAACCGUGGACCCUGCCGCCUUUGAUGCGAAGUUUUUCAACAUAACCCCCCAAGAUGCGAUAUCAAUGGAUCCGCAACAACGUAUACUACUGGAGGUCGUCUAUGAAGCGCUCGAGAAUGCUGGCAUCUCUCUGGAGUCGAUCUCAGGCGAGAAGUACGGAUGCUACGUGGGUGCUCACCCUGGAGAUUACUGGGAUAUUUUCGCGCGCGACCCUGAUUCGCGACCACCUAAUGUCGGCAUUGGGUGCUCGGGAACAAUGCUGAGUUGCAGAGUGAGCCAUUUUCUGAACAUCAAAGGUCCUAGCAUGCCCAUUGAUACGGCCUGCUCCAGCUCUCUAGUGGCGAUGGAUGUCGCUUGCAGAGCUCUUCACACCGGGGAAAUUAAUGGUGCCAUCGUGGCGGCGUCCAGCCUCAUUCUCAAUCCGGAAUAUGCUUGUGAAGGUGGCACAAUCAGAUAUACGCACUCCCCCACCGGUCGCUGCCACGUUUUUGACGCCAAAGCGGACGGCUAUGUCAGGGCAGAGGGGAUGAACACCGUCAUCUUGAAGCGUCUUGAUGAUGCACUUCAAGACGGCGACCCUAUCCGAGCUGUUAUUCGAGGGAUCGCAAACAACCACAACGGUCGCACUCCUGGUAUCGCCUCUCCAAGUAGUGACGACCAGGCUGCGGCAGUGCGACAGGCAUACGCCAACGCGAAUAUUACAGACUAUUCACAGAUUGGAUAUCUGGAAUGCCACGGAACUGGCACUCUGGUAGGCGAUCCGAUCGAGACUGAGGGUGCUUCCUCAGUUUUUGCGCCGUUCAGACCGGCUGAUCGACCACUGCGGAUUGGAUCGAUCAAGAGUAACAUUGGUCACUCGGAGCCAGCUGCAGGUCUGUCGGGAAUCCUGAAGGCAAUCAUGGUUCUGGAAACCGGAAAGAUUCCAGGCAAUCCAACUUUCCUCACGCCCAAUCCGAAUAUUGACUUCAGAAGUUUGAAGCUUGAGGUCUCUCAACAUGCGACAGAUUUCCCUGACAUGCCAUUCCGUCGUGUCGGGGUCAACUGUUUUGGGUUUGGUGGAUCUAAUGCACAUGCAAUCCUCGACGAGCCAAGUGCAGUCAUCCCAAAUUAUAAGCCGGCGUAUACAUCGUCUUUCGGCGCUAUCACGCUCGAUGGACAUCGAACCACGACUUCUCGGCCAUACCUGCUGUGCUUUUCAGCCAAUGAUGAGGCAUCGCUACGUCGCUAUAUAGAAAGCAUGAUCCAGCAUGUGGAACAGGAAAAUGUCAAGAUCAGCCUGCGAGAUCUCGCCUACACGCUGGGUACGCGAAGGAGUCAUCUGUUCAAUAGAGCUUACAUGGUCACCGAUAGCCUGAACUCUUCACAGCCCCCGGUGAUCACGUUUGGAAAGAAGAAUGUUCGAUCGCCGCAAGUCGGCUUUGUCUUCACAGGACAGGGCUCUCAAUGGCCCGAGAUGGGUCGCGAGCUUUUAAAUGCGUUUGAUCCUGCUCGAGAAAUGAUCAAAAACCUUGAUCUCGUUCUCCAGUGUUUACCUGAUCCACCGGCAUGGACACUGUACGAUGAAUUGACCACACCAAGAGAAGCAGAACACGUACGCAAACCUGAAUUCAGUCAGCCUCUCGUAACCGCGCUCCAACUCGCUUUGAUUGAGAUUCUACGUGGCUGGGGUAUUGUCCCGAAUGCUGUUGUCGGCCACUCUUCUGGUGAGAUUGCGGCCGCCUAUGCGGCUGGAUUUUUGACAGAGGCGGAGGCUAUCAUCAUCGCAUACCACCGAGGAAAGGCAUCUGCGCAAGAGAAGCUAGACGAAAAUGCUCUAGGUAUGCUGGCUGUUGGCAUAGGAGCUGACGAGAUUCUUCCUUUCCUGGAAGGGUCCACAGAUGUCCAGAUCGCCUGUUACAACAGCCCCAAAAGCCUCACACUUUCUGGAAGCAAGCAAGGACUUGAGGAGGUCAAGUCACGGCUUGUUGAAACCGGCAAAUUUGCACGUAUGCUGCAGGUUGACAUGGCGUACCAUUCCACCCAUAUGGAAAAGAUUGGCGUAGCCUACGAAAAGCUCUUGGCCCAAGACUUACCGCCCACCUUUCGCACUCGAACAUUGGAUUCCGUGUCGAUGUUCUCUUCUGUUUAUGGUUUCAAGCAAGAACGCUCACCGGACAUCGAUUACUGGAAGAGUAACAUGACUUGCCCCGUUCGUUUCGACGAAGCUCUUCGUUGUAUGCUAUCCGAAGAGUCUCCGAUCGACAAGCUCAUUGAGAUCGGUCCGAGUGGGACCCUGAAGGGACCCAUUGCGCAGAUCACGGCCAGCAUGGGCGGACAGGCGACGAACACUGUCUAUCUUCCCGCGCUCAAGCGAGGUCAAGACUCCAUCAAGCCAACGCUCGAGGUUGCAGGUGAACUGUAUCUCUCCGGGCUCCCGGUCGACAUGGCACAGGUCAACGAAGACUCGGAAUCGACCGCACCGCUGGUGGUCAUUGACUUGCCCAACUACUGCUGGAACCAUUCGACGAAAUACUGGUCUGAGAGUGCCGCCAGUCGUGAUUGGCGGUUUAAGAAAUUCGUCCAUCACGACCUGAUCGGAACCAAGGUAUUGGGGACAUCGUGGCGGGCGCCGAUGUUCAAGAAGGCUAUGAAUUUGAGCGAUCUCCCAUGGCUAAAAGAUCAUCGCAUUGGCAGUAACAUUGUUUUUCCGGGUUCUGGCUACCUUGCUAUGGCUAUUGAGGGGAUCUUUCAAGUGCAGUCAAUGAAUGGUCUCUCGUCUGCCGAAACAGCGAGCGCACUAUGUUAUCAUCUCCGAAAUGUCCGUUUUGAGAUGGCUCUCACGCUUGAGGACGGAAUUGAACCUGAUGUGUACUUGUCUCUCAAUCCCCUUCCAGGUUCCAAGGAUGUGUGGUAUGAAUUCUCUGUUUCGUCAAGUCAUGGCAGCGGCGCCACGAUCAAACAUGCAGGAGGUCAAAUCCGUGUUCAAGACUCUCUCCCUGAGAUCGCCUCUGCAACAGACAUUGCGCCUCUCGUAAACCCAACACCCGGCGACCUCUGGACGAAGGCAUUUGCGGAGAUGGGUUUCGAAUACGGGCCUGCUUUUUAUCUUCUCGAGAAAGUCGAGUCGCACGCCGGCAAGCGCUAUUCCCGUUCUUUAGUGACGCUCACAGAGCCUUCUUUCGCUGGUAAGGCCCAAUCCCAGUAUCCGUACCAUCCCGCGGCCCUCGACAGCAUCUUCCGAGCGACGGCUCCCGCAUUCUGUGAAGGACUUCGCACACGUCUUACCGAGCCCCUCGUUCCCUCAGCGUUCGACGAUCUUAUCAUAAACCCCAACCCAAGCCGCCCGUCCUCGGGCAUGGCAGUCGCGACCAGCGUCUACUCAGGGAGAGGACGUGAGGAUACUGGCAAAAGCUUCGUGUCUGACGUGUCAAUGUAUGAUCCCGAUACUGGGGCGUUGCUCAUGAAGUUGAAGAACUUUUCCACUCAUUUGAUCGAUCUUGGAGUUGACGCCGUCGCAUCUCAGUGGCUGACACGGGACAUCUGGAAGCCGGAUAUUACCACCUUAACCCGUGAGACCCUGUCGAAGCUCGACAUCAAACAGGCUGGCUCGAUCCCGUACAUUCUUGAUUUGAUGGCUCAUAGAAAUCCUGCAUUGGGUAUCUUGGAGAUCAAUGUUGGAGCAGAAAGCCAGAGCAGUACGUGGUUUGAGAGAGGUAAUUCCGCUGAUACUGAGACCUAUCGCCGAUACUGCUACCUGGGAGAUAAUGUCGAGGCACUUGAUCAGUUUCAAGCUCGCUACCGGGACAGAAAGAACACUUCCUUCUACCUGUAUGACCGAGAGAGUUCAGCUCUGGGCUUGGAAUCCAAGGAUGAAAUUUUUGAUGUUAUCACUAUCAAUUCUAAUGGUGCAAGUCAAGAAAUAAGCCCUCUAUUGAAGGCCGUCAAGGGCUUCCUAGCAGCAGACGGGCGGGUGUUGCUGACUAGGACAAUGGGUCAGGAUGCGGUGGAUGAGCUGCUACAGACCGCCGAACUUGAAUUUGACCAUGUCUUGCCAAUCCCUCAAACGGAGGGGACCACCUAUCUGUGUGCACAUUGCUCCUCAGGUAAUAGGAGUGCGGUCUCCAAGCCGUUGCAUGUAUUCUACAUGGAGCCGUCGACGAGCCUGACCCCUGCGAUCAGAACCCAACUGAGCACAGCAGGCUGGGAUGCGAUCGAGCACGUGUGCAACCCAGACAAUAUCCCCGAGUCAAGCACUGUGCUAAUCAUUGACGAACUAUUCGCCCCUGUCUUGACUCAUGUUUCGGACGAGCAAUGGCAGUGUCUGCGCGGUCUUGUCGGACGCGGCUGCAAUAUUCUCUGGGUUACACAGGGUGCCCAGAUGCAGGUCACAGAGCCGGAUAAUGCUAUGAUUUCUGGUCUGUUCCGCUCGAUCCGAUCAGAAGAUCCUUCGGCAGUCGUCAUGACGCUGGACGUCGAGAAUCGGGAUGAUCCCCAUGCACCAGGCGCUGUAGUGCACGCCUUGGCUCAAUUGAGCCGCCCGCAAGCGCGCUGGGUUACAGACAGCGAGUAUGCCGAGCGCAAUGGAAUCAUUCACAUCCACCGCGUUGCACCGUACAAGCGCUUGGAUCAAGCCAUCGCAAACGAAUCCGACGCCCUGAUAAAAACACGGAUCCACGACCUUGACUCGACCGUGCAGCUGCGAGCCGAGAAGCUGGGUACGCUUGACGGGCUCACCUUCUGCGAGAUCGCUGAAGUUUCGCUACCCGACGAUCAUGUAGAGAUUGAAAUCCACGCUGUUGGUCUCAACUUCAAGGACGUUGCGGUCACAAUGGGCAUUGUACCCGAGAACGAAUAUCUUCUUGGUUUGGAGGGUGCGGGCAUUGUCCGACGUGUUGGCUCCGGACUGUCGCCGGACCUUGUGGGGAGUCGAAUGGUUUUCAUUAUUAAAGGAGCCCUGGCAAACCGGAUCCAGGUCCCGAUCAGUUACACCCAUGAAAUCCCGGCCUCUAUGUCAUUCGAGGAGGCGUCCAGUAUGCCGGUCGUCUACUCUACGGCGAUCUACUCGCUGUUUAACAUCGGCAAUCUCCAGAAAGGACAAACGGUGUUGAUUCAUUCUGCGGCCGGAGGAGUAGGAAUUGCUUGCAUUCAGCUUGCACUCUACGCAGGAGCAGAGAUUUACGUCACUGUCGGCACAGACGAGAAGAGACGGUAUCUUCACGAGACGUUCGGCAUUCCUUUCGAGCGGAUGUUCACCUCGAGAAGUACUUCCUUCGCUGGCGAUAUCAUGAAAGCGACGAAUGGCCAAGGUAUUGAUGUCAUCGUAAACUCGCUGACGGGCGAGCUGCUCGACGCUACCUGGCGGAUUUGCGCCGACGGAGGCACGAUGGUGGAAAUUGGCAAACGCGACAUUGUCGAGCGCAAUUAUCUCUCGAUGGAACCGUUCGAUCGCGGCUGUUCGUACCGGGCAGUCGAUCUCUCGCAUGCUAAGAUAAUGCGCGACGGAGUGCAUUUCAAACUGAUGAAGCGCAUCUUCGAGCUGAUUAAUGGCGGACAUAUCACUCCGAUCACCCGCAUCACCCGGUUCUCCAUGACACAGAUUCAAGCUGCGUUUGCCUACCUCCGCAGCGGCAAGCACAUCGGCAAGGUAGUCAUCAGCGAUGGAGAAGCAACUGGGGAUGUCGAAGUCCCCGUCCGUCGUCUGCAACAUAAACAUAAUGUCACCAUCACCGACACUACGGCCUUCCUGAUCGUGGGUGGCCUCAAGGGUCUCUGCGGCAGCUUGGCCGUGCGACUGGCCUACCGCGGCGUACGACACAUCGUGAUCCUGACACGCAGCGGAUGCCGCGACCCGCGGUCGCAGGCGGUGAUCGCGCAAUGCCGGUCACUGGGAUGCGAGAUCUACGACUGCCGUGGCGACGUAGCGCGGAUCGUCGACGUGCGACGGGCCUUCACGCGCGCUCCGUAUUCAAUCCAGGGCGUCAUCCACGGGGCGAUGGUUCUACGCGACCGACCGUACGAAACGAUGACCGUCAAGGAAUUCCACCAAGCGAUCGAAGCCAAGGUACACGGAGCGUGGAAUCUGCACAGCGUGGCGACCGAGAAGCGCCUGCCCCUGGACUUCUUCCUCUGCCUUUCCAGCAUUUCCAGCGUGAUCGGCAGCAAGGGCCAAGCCAACUACGCGGCCGCGAACUGCUUCCUGGACUCGUUCGCGGCGUACCGGCGGUCGCUCGGGGCGCAGUGUCUGACGAUCAACCUCGGCGUGAUCGAGGACGUGGGCGUGGUGGCCGAGUCCGACGCACUGUCGCAGCGCCACCAACGCUCCGUCGAGAUCAGCGCCAUUCCGGAAAGCGCGCUGCACGCGAUCCUAGACGCGGCCUUAAGCUGCCAAGCCUUCACCGACCCGGGCAGCCCCCCAAUCUCCCAGCUCGUCACCGGUCUCGCGCUGCCGCAGGACCCCGAGCAGUCCAUGCUCCGAUUCGACCCGCGCUUCCGCACGCUCUUCGUCGUCAACGGCGCCGACUCUCCAUCCGCCGGCGGCGCCGGCACGAAGGCCGACCCCCUCACUCGCGCGGUGCACAAGUUCCGGGCGCUGUUCCGCGCGGACGCGGAGACGGAGACCGACGAGCAGCUGGCGCAGCAGACCUGUUUGGAAAUUCUGGGCGCGCGGCUGGCGCAGAUGCUGCGGUGGGACGACUCGCAGCAGGUGGAGCCGGGCCAGCCGCUGUCGGUGUACGGGCUGGACUCACUGGCGGCGGUGGAGUUGCGCAACUGGAUCAAGUCGGAGAUGGGGGCGAACGUGAGCACGCUAGAUAUUGUGAAUGCGGACAGUCUGGUGAUGCUGGGGGGGAGGGUAGUCUCAAAGCUACGCGCCGAGCAGGAGAAGGAGCGGGCUUAG